CGUGAACAAACUAUUAUAAAACUGCUUUUUGAUUUGCAAAGAACGUUAGAAUUGAGGAGUUUUUCGUCUUUUUCCAUUUUCAAUUUCUUUACAUGGCGUGUAACGGAGAAAGUUUCUCUCUUCCCAUUUUGAAUCCACUUGAAGGAACACGAUUUGCUGUUGAAAAAAUAACAGAUACAUUUUUGGGACAGGACAGUAAAAUUUACUAUAAAGUUCGAUGGCAAGAGACAUGGGAACCAGAGGAAAGAUUGAUGACUCUAUGUGCUCCAUUAGUUAAUGAUUUUUGGAAAAAUUAUUAUGCAAAAACUCAAAAACAGCACCAUGAUGAACAUGAAGGGCAUAGGUUAAGUCAGUUUCUUUCUGUAAACAAUGGUGAACAGCAAGUAUAUGAUUCCCCACACACUCAACCAAACACAAUUCUUCUUCAACAUGAUUCAUCAGAAUCAAGCAACAUGUUACAGCAGGAUUCGCAAAGCAAUUCUCUUCAUUUGUCACCAUCAUCUGAAGAUUUUGCAGUGGAAAGUUUGUCUAUAUUUAAUCAAGAGAAGCGAGCAACAAAUAUUUAUUUGCAACCACGUUUCCUGUCCCCAAACACUAUAUCAAAUACAAGGUUAGUGCUUGACUCCUCAGUACAAAACAGUCUUGAUUCGCAUGAACAGAGACCUCAUAAAAGUUUAACCAAGCUCGUAAAAAAUAUCCGUGAAGAUUUAAUUUGUUUUUUCUGCCAAAUUCAUUUUCUUUCCAAACAAGAACUUCACAAACAUGAGUUGAGUCAUCAUUCCUCAUCAUCACUUGCAACAACGUCAUCUUCAUUGACACUAAGUUGUUUAGAAUGUGGAAAAAAAUUUGAUAAGAGGACUUCACUGAGUCGACAUAUGUUAAGUCAUACAUCUAUGCGACCAUAUGUUUGUGAAGAAUGUGGAAAAGGUUUUAAAGAACGAUCAAACUUAAAGAAGCAUCAAAUUAUUCACACAGGGAUACGACCUCACGCUUGUAGCAUAUGUAAUGCCCGAUUUCGUCAGCUCGGCCAUUUGUUAAAACAUAAGUUAGUGCAUAAGCCUGAUAAACCAUUCAAAUGUGAUGUUUGCUUUAAAGCUUUUAAGAGAAAAGAGCAUUUAAAAGAACAUACAAUUGUUCACUCUGAAGAAUUUCCUUUCAAAUGUGAUACAUGUGAAAAAAAGUUUCGAUUUAAAACUAAUUUGAAAGUUCAUUUAUUGCAACAUAAUGGCCGAAAAGAUUUUGUUUGCAAUAUAUGCCAUAAAGAGUUCACUGGUAAACCAAAUCUUGUCCAACAUCAAUUAAUUCAUAAUAUGCUUUUUUCCUAUUCCUGUGAGGUCUGUCAAAAAAAAUUUAAGCGUAAAGGUCAUUUGCAGCGUCACAUGGAGAUCCACAAUGGUCAAAGCAGUAUGCAAUGUGUGUUUUGUGAUGAGAGCUUCUUUAAUAAGUCUUCCUUUAAGAAGCAUUUACUAUUGCAUACUGGCUCAAAACCUUUUAUAUGUACCACAUGCGAAAAAAGAUUUUCUAGUAAAAGUUGUCUUUCACAGCAUAUGAAAUCUCAUACCGAGGAAACACUCUCCUUCUCAUGUGAUCAGUGUAAUAAGUUUUUCAAAACUGAAGAUAGUUUAAAAAAGCAUUCAACAUUAAUUCAUUUUACUUUUAAAGAAUUUAAGUGUAGUCUGUGCCAACGUAAGUUCAAAAAGCUUCCAAACCUUGAAAAACAUGAAAAACUGUGCAAAGGUCAAACAGAAAUACGAAACUCAAAGAUUGAAAAAGUUGUAAAGAGAUCAACUGAUCAGUUUGUUGUUGAACCACAGAGUAGUUCAGAGUUAACUGAGCUAGAGAGUUGUCAGCUGGCAGAAAAGAUGACUGCUAAUGAUUGCAAAGAGCUUAAUCCUUCUAAAUUAGCCGAGGAAAGUUUUAUUUCAUCUAAGAUUUCUAACCAUUUAGAUAAUCGAAGUGGCAUAGUAUUUGAAGGAAACAACAUUUCUUGCGUUGAUAUUAACGUUUUAUCUCAUGAUGCAACAGAAGAAGUAACAAGUAUACCUAUCUCUAAUGAUGUUUCGUAUAAUGCCCAAUUUGAAAGUUUGAUACUACCACAUAAUUUCUUUAGACAAAAUGAUCAUUCUAAUAAGUCUUAAUUGGUGUUCUAUUGUGUAUGUGUGUGGUGUAUAUUCGUGGUGUAUGUGUGUGUUUUAUUAUUUUUAUAUAUAUCUAUUUAAAGGCUAUGUACCUAAAAGAUUUCUUAAGUUUGAGCUUUUGCUAAUUUUUUAAAUUUUUGUAUCAAGGCUAAUAAUGCUGCUUAUAGAUUUCUGUGAUUUAC